GAUAUACCGGUACACGGUACACGGUACGCGUACACGAUAUACCGCGGCCCGUCAAUUGAGCUACGAUAUCUAUUCUAUAUUCAAAUUAUUUGUUCGGAAUAUAUCUAGCCAUUGUGUAUUUAAAAUAUUAACUUAAAUGGCGUCCAAUUAUUCGCCGUUAACUACCCAUGUUCUAAAUACUGCCACGGGAAAACCAGCAAAUGAUAUGCAAAUCAUGUUGCAUCGAAUGAAACCUGACUCAUCAUGGGAGAUUCUCAGAGAAGGGAAGACAAAUGAAGAUGGACGAUUACCAGGCCUGUUAGCAAAAGAGGAAUUCUCAGCUGGGAUGUACAAAAUGUUUUUUGAUACUUCUUCGUAUUUUAAGGAAAUGAAUAUCAGCACUUUUUAUCCAUAUGUUGAGGUAAUAUUCAACAUUGUAAACACAAGUGAACACUAUCAUGUACCACUACUUGUAAGCCCAUUUGGUUACAGUACUUACAGAGGAAGCUAGAUUUCAAUAGAUGGAUAGAUAGAUUUGCCAUAUUGAGCAAAAGUUCUUUAACAUUUUGAGGUAAUAUAUCAAAGGGUGAUUGUGGUAAAGAAAUACAUACAAUUAUAACUA